CCUGUCGCUUAUAGAGUUCGAAAGCUCAGUCCGUCUCGGACAAAAAUAGGAGGUUUUCGUUACUAGGACAACGGUCACAGAUUCUGACCUGGGAACAUUGUGCAAUUCAAUAGGGCAUUGGAUCAUAGAGCAUUCUGAAAUGAAAAUAUGUGCCGCUAACUUCGUUGUAUGUUGAACGUUCUUUUUCUGCAAACACACCAGUACUGAGCGAUAAAACGGGAAACAUGAAGCCCGAAAAUCUCGAGACGGUGCUGGUACGCGAAUGCUUUUAGAAAUUGUUUGUUGGUUUCUAGUGAUUUAGUGGGCUGCGUUACUUGGAAAUUUAUAAUCUUUCCUUAUAUGUGCCGUGGAAAUUCUUAUUAAUUGAGCCUAAACGUUCCUAAAAUACCCUAUCUAGCGCCUAUAUAUGUCCUCAAAUGGCAGCUGUAAUGCCUCUUGAAGGCGCAUAAAACAGCAUUUUUUAAAGCCCAAGCUUCCAGAAUCUACUGAUGAGGUUUCUUUUCAGCCGCUUCGUUGAAGAUGCUGAGCACGUAUAGAAGCCGGCGUUGUCCACUCUCCUUAUCCCUACUGUCCGCCGGUGAAUGACACAUCUCUCUAUGGAUUUCUAAUGGAAAGGCUUCUGACGCCUGGAUGCAAGACGGCCCUGAUAUGCGGGAAUGACAAGGUGACGUAUUUGGAACUGCGGGACAAAUUACGGCUUUGUGCGGCUUGGUACCGGCGUCAAGGCGUUGGCAAGGGCGACAGAGUCUACGUGCAUGUCGACAACUCUAUAGAGAGUUUCGUCGCUGUGUGCGGCGUCCCGUUGACGGGAGCCACUUUGGUUUCAUGGAGGUGGCGUCGUUUUCUAGGUGAUAUACACCACAAAAUAAAGAUGGCUGCUGUCACCCACGUGCUCACGGAGGAGAGACACGCCGAAAUGUUUACUCGGAUUCGGAAGUGUUGCAACAUCAAAGAUAUGUUUCUGGUGGGUCAGAAAAAGCCAGGCUUCACCAGCGUCUGUGAAUUCAACGACGAACACCAACAACACUGUGACGACCAGGAAUUUGCCGCCGGCGGUAGCGAAUUCGUGGGAUGGACAACGGGCUCAACGGGCUUACCUAAAUGCGUUCAGAGGCCAGAGAGUCUCUUCUUGGGAAGUAUUUUGCGACAUGCCGCUGUCCAAAUUCUUACCCCCGGGGACGUCUUUCUCGGCGACAGCAACUUCUCCAGUUUACUGACAUUCAGCAUGUGGUUAUUGGCACUUCACGUAGGAUCUACAAUUGUGGUCAGUACGACUUGCCGAAACGUCCCCGAAGACGUCAUCGAGGUAUUGAAGGAGUACGAGGGUUUUGCUGCCAAUUCACCUAGGCCCCGGCUCGGGCAGAGGGUGCCCGAAAUUGAACAGUUCAUCGCCCAGCAGCGCUGGCCACCAAGACGCCAGUCGCGAUCGCCAUCACCGCGGCAACCCUAUCCAAGUCGUGCAGAAUCUGGUGCCAUCAUCGACCCCGAGAAGCGUUACAUCACUUUCUCUGCGAGGAAAGCUACGCUACAAGAUGAUGCCUGUCGGAUUAGAGCCAGUCUUCGCAUUUCUGACGACAGCGUGACGAUACCGCCCCCUUCCAGCGUUAUGCUUCAGGUGAUAUCCAAAGGGGCGCGCAACGGUGAAGCCCUAGUGGAAGGCAGUGACUAUGUACGCCUUUCCUUCAAAACUGAGGGAAUACUGAACGCCAUGAAAGCUUCUGAAGACUUGGCAAUCACGCUGAAAAAGUGCCUGAGAAAGCUAUUGGUCAUCGGGACAUCCACACCUUCAGCGCUGGCCGAAGAGCUCGUCAACACCUUCAAACUAGACGAGCUUCGCAGUGGUUACGGCCUGACUAAGGCUGGAGGGUUUCUCGCAGUUCCACCUAGCGGAGAGGUGUCCGGUACGAACCAGGGCUUCCCUGUUCCUUCAACUAAGAUGAAGGUAUAUAACCUGUGCCCAACGUAG